UUUAAAAUAAAAAUUAUGAAAGAAGAAGCCAAAAACAGCUACAUGUACUGCACUCCUGAUCGAUUACUGGAAAGAUUAGUAUCACCAAAUAACGAAGGGUUUGAUGCAAAAGAACACAAGGCUAUUGUUCCAAAUGCAAAAAUUAACAGCAAAACUUAUAAAAUUAACGAAAACUCAGGAUAUGCAUAUUUAUCCAGAAUCCAAGAGACCCAAUGCAGCCAAAGGAAGAACUCAGAUCGAGUCAGAAUGAACAAUGCUAUUAUGAGCAAGUGAUGUAAAUAGUCCCGUGAGCAGUCAGUAUCAAAACUUGAGAUCUCAAUAUUCAAGAAGCAGCCAUAAGAAGAGAAUCUCAAAUCAAAUUUUUAAAAAGAGGAAAGGAAACUUAGUGGGCCCUAUAGAGUAAGUUUGCCUAAUUUCUGAUAUUUUUCGAUCUUCUUAACUUGCUUGAUAGAAGCAGAGUAAUUUGACAAAUAAUGAAUAGAAAAAUAAAGGACUGAUAGAAAUUAAUUCUAGCCAAGUUCAGAGUCAUUCUCAGCCAAGGGAAGCCAACACAAACGAAAUUCAGAUAGCAGAGAUCACUGACUUCACUUCAAAGAAGAGCUCUUUAGGC